AGUCGUCUUUGAAUCGUUGAUAGCUGAACAGUCAGAUAAAGUCGUUGAUAACAGAAACAAUAAAGAAAUAAGCUGGAAAAACAACUUCGAUCAAAUAGUGACAAGUUUUAUACUAACACUCAUUUCGAUAAAGAAUUCAUUUAAUCAAACAUAGUUCAGCGAAUAUCUGUCGAGAGAAUAAAAAGUAAAAAAUAAUAUUCGCGUAUGAAAAUUUAUUUUGUCGUCGAAGUGUGUCAUCGUGAUUUUCAAAGGAAAAUAAGCAGAGAAGAGAAAAAUCACCCACGUCAGCCCUUCAAAUGGUGUGACUUAUAAUUUGUGAUUCACUAAAUGACCAUCACGAGUGACGGUUCGGAAGCAAGAAGAAAAAAAUAAAUAUUUUGGCGCCGUAAAGUGAAAUCCUAAAGAAAAAGAAGUUUGUUUUCGUAGUUCCGCUUACUUUUGGAUUCAAAUCAAUGGAGAGAUUAACGAGAAUCGCCUGUGCGAUGGCAAUCGUGAUAAUAUUGAUAGAUAAAGCUGCGCUUGCUAUUAAAUGUUACGAAUGCACCGUUCAUCCAAAGAGACAACAAAACGGAACAACUAUUGAGAGACUUUGUUCCAAAUUUGAAGAGUCAGAAGAGUUUGAAGUUGACUGUCCUUAUUCCACAAUGUGCAAGAAAAGACUUUAUCGAUAUCAAUUGAUCAAUAAAGUACAAGAGUCAAUUGAGCGUGGAUGUGCAGACCAAAAAAAUAAUAGCAUGAAUUAUGUAAAAAACCAAUGGAUUAAAGAAGUGACCGUCGCAGAGCCUUAUAGUGAAGGUUGCAUAAGAAAUAAUGAUGACGGUUCUGAAUAUUGUCAUUGUCGUGGUGAUCUCUGUAAUUCAGCACCAAAAAUUGAUUCCAAAACUACGCUUAGCAAUGGUGUUGAUACGAUGGGCGUAUUAAUCGUUUUUAAUCUAGUUAAAUAUUUCCGAAAUAUGGAUUAUUAUUAAUUGAAGAAGAAGUUUAUGAUAUUUAUAGCUUGAACAUCAAAUUCAAAGCUGCCAAAACCAGAGUUAUAAUCAUCAGGGGUAAAGGAAGGGUUACUUCAUCUUAGUAAUUGACAUUAUUUAUAGAAAACUUUAUUAAAAAUAAGAACUUCUUCAAACCAGAUCUUCAUACUCAACAAGUUAUUUAAUAAGAUUUAAAGAAAAACUCUUGUGAUAAAAAUUAAUUAAUUAAAUGAAUUUUUAUAAAUAUGAGGAAAGCUCAUGAGAAAGAAAUAAAAGAAUGAAGGAAGAGCGAAUAAAGAAUUUGUAAAA